AUGGCUUGGAAUGGUGACGUCUGUCGCUUCGAAAUUGAUUCGAGCGGUCAAUGCCCCCUCGGCCUCACCCAGGUCGGCAAGUACUGCCAAAAGCAAGUGGCGAUGAUUCCCCAAUGUCCCCCUGGCGCGAAAUUGGAUGGUAACCGCUGUAUUCUAACGGAGCUCCCUGAAUGUCCUCCUGGUUUAACAUUCUCUGGAGAAAAUUGCAUUUCUACCGUCGAAAUUAGCUGCCCUCCUGGAACUAAGUUCGAGAAGGGUAUUUGUUUGAGCGUCUCCCCGCCGAUUUGUGAGGAAGGGUUCAUUUUCGAUGGAGCUAACUGCGUCUCCACAACCCAUACUCCCACAUGUGCUGAGGAGGGCAACACCCUAGAUGGGGAGGACUGCGUCACACCACACAUCCCAACCUGCCCUGAAGAUACAACAUUCGAUGGUACCCAUUGUGUUUCUACCAGCACUCCUUCCUGUCCGUCCGGCUCUAUCCAUAACGGCAAGGGUGACUGUCUUACGAGCUCCGUCCCUCAAUGUGCUCCAGGGUCUACUUUGGUUGCUGGCGGCUGCAUUGUUGGGAUUCCCACCUGCCCCAAGGGCACGGUUUGGGACUCCAAGCAGUGCAUUAGCCCCAAGGACCCGGAGUGUCCACCAGAGCACAAGUGGAGCAGUGGAGCAAUGGCAAGUGUAUCAACCUGCAAGCCGGAGUGUGCUCCAGGAACCACCUUCAACGGUCAGGAAUGUGUGGGAGAAGUCCCCAACUGUCCUGAAAAACUUAUAUUUGACGGAGAGGAGUGUGCCCAUCCUGAGGAACCUGCCUGUCCCACUGGAAUGAAGUUCAACGGCAAGAAGUGUGUAGCGCAGAGGCCGCCUGCUUGCCAACCUGGUACCGUCUUCGACAAGAAGACGAAGGAGUGUGUGGCUAUUGAGCCACCUCAGUGCCCCCCUGGUCAGGUCUUCAAUGGCAAGAACUGUGCCCUGGCAUCUGGAGGCUGUAUGAACUUCGAGUAUUGCCCUGCGCUAGGCGGUCUGUCCACGGGUGGUCUUUCUACAGGUGGUCCUUCUACAGGAGAGUCGGGAUGUCCAGAGGGCACUGUGUAUGAUAAGUACACUGGCAUGUGUGCGGGUUGGUGA